UAUUCUUUAUUUUGAUAGAUUAAAAACAAACAAAAAACAAGGUUCAAAGAGUUUAAGCCAUGCUUUGCUCGGAUAUAUCCCAGAUGUACCCAGCUUCAGAACUCAGGCUUCUAAACCACUGAAUGACCUGGUAGAAUUCUUGUCCUUCCUGAGCCCCCGGUUUCCAGCUUCUAACAAAGGGAGCGUUAUUAGCCUGAAGCCUGGGUUUGCAGAGUACGCUGGCAGAUGGACAUCUGUAGACAGGAUGUUCUCGCCGAGAGAGGUAAGCGACCAUUUCCCCAGGAACUGACAGGAAUGCCUCCCUCAGUGGCCAGUGCCUCAGAAGCCGAACACCGCCUGUUCCAGUACCUGUUCGAAGAUUACAACGAGAUCAUCCGGCCCGUGGCCAACGUGUCCCACCCGGUCACCAUCCAGUUCGAGGUGUCCAUGUCUCAGCUGGUGAAGGUGGAUGAGGUAAACCAGAUCAUGGAAACCAACCUGUGGCUGAAGCAGAUCUGGAAUGACUACAAGCUGAAAUGGAAACCUUCCGACUACCAAGGGGUGGAGUUCAUGCGUGUCCCCGCAGAGAAGAUCUGGAAACCAGACAUCGUGCUUUAUAACAAUGCCGAUGGGGAUUUCCAGGUGGAUGACAAGACCAAAGCUCUCCUCAAGUACACAGGGGAAGUGACUUGGAUCCCUCCCGCCAUCUUUAAGAGCUCGUGCAAAAUUGAUGUGACCUACUUCCCAUUCGACUACCAAAAUUGCACCAUGAAGUUCGGCUCCUGGUCCUACGACAAGGCAAAGAUCGACCUGGUCCUCAUCGGCUCCUCCAUGAACCUCAAGGACUACUGGGAAAGCGGCGAGUGGGCCAUCAUCAAAGCCCCGGGCUACAAACACGAGAUCAAGUACAACUGCUGCGAGGAGAUCUACCAAGACAUCACGUACUCGCUGUACAUCCGCCGGCUGCCGCUGUUCUACACCAUCAACCUCAUCAUCCCCUGCCUGCUCAUCUCCUUCCUCACCGUGCUCGUCUUCUACCUGCCCUCCGACUGUGGAGAGAAGGUGACGCUCUGCAUCUCCGUGCUCCUCUCUCUGACCGUCUUUCUCCUAGUGAUCACCGAGACCAUCCCUUCCACCUCGCUGGUCAUCCCCCUGAUCGGGGAGUACCUCCUCUUCACCAUGAUCUUCGUCACCCUGUCCAUCGUCAUCACGGUCUUCGUGCUCAACGUGCACUACAGAACUCCAACCACACACACGAUGCCCACGUGGGUCAAGGCUGUGUUCCUGAACCUGCUCCCCAGGGUCAUGUUUAUGACGAGGCCGACCAGCAGCGAGGGAGAUGCUCAGAAGCCGAGGACCUUCUACAGUGCCGAGCUCUCAAACCUGAACUGCUUCAACCGCGCAGACUCCAAAAGCUGCAAGGAAGGCUACCCGUGCCAAGAUGGGAUGUGCGGCUCCUGCCACCACCGCAGGGUAAAAAUCUCGAACUUCAGCGCUAAUCUCACGAGAAGCUCAAGUUCCGAGUCUGUCGAUGCCGCCGUGUUGUCCCUCUCCGCUCUGUCCCCGGAAAUCAAAGAAGCCAUCCAAAGUGUGAAGUAUAUUGCUGAAAACAUGAAAGCACAGAAUGUAGCCAAAGAGAUUCAAGAUGAUUGGAAGUAUGUUGCCAUGGUGAUUGACCGAAUCUUCCUCUGGGUUUUCAUCCUGGUGUGCAUUUUAGGGACGGCGGGAUUAUUUCUACAGCCCUUGAUGGCCAGAGAUGACACAUAAAUUGUGAACUCUGUCCAGUGAGGCUCCCCGUACUGACGCGGGGGCACCUUCUCAAUAGCACGACAGUAUCCAGUCACCAGCUUUAAGUUUGCUAGUUAAAGGGUUAGUUAUUUUCAACUCAUCUUGAUUUUUGGCAAAAAAAAAGUAGAAGAAAAAUGUCUAGUUAUUUACUAUGGAUAAAUGAACAUUUAACUAGCCUUGCUGAUAGAACAUGUCAAAAGGCUCCUUUUCUUGUGGUUGAAACUUAACUAGAUAGAAAAACUUCCCAUUCACAAAUACUAAAUCCAUUAGCUCGGUAUCUCUAUAGAUUUCCUCAUUCAUUUAGUCCGUUAAUCUCCUGGAAUUACAGACUAUAUUUCAGCAGUGCCCUGCAGUUCUUGUUUCUUACUGUCUUUCCCAAGUCCAAGGGCUGGUGGUCCAUUUCAGUGUCUGUGUUGCUGCUAAAUCGCACAUGAUCAGACCCUGAGUAAUUACACCCGCUCUCACACUCACUGUUAAUAAACUACCCUAGUCUGUUUACGUCGCUAAUUUAGGAAAACAUCCUGUAGAGCCCUGCAUGGCUUUAAUCCCAGCACUCAGGAGUCAGAGACAGAGACCGGUGGGAUCUCUGAGAAUUUGAGGCCAGCCUGGUCUAGAUAGUGAGUUCCCCACCAGCCAGAACUGCAUAGUGAAAUGCUAUCUCAAAACAACAAAAAUCCCACAAACAGGACAACUUAGACACAAAGUUAUUCUUAUAGUUUAGGAGCCUGAGAAGCCUAAGGUCAAGGCACCAGCAAGACUGUCUGGGGAGGAGUCUUCCUCAUGAAACAGACCUUCCAGUGUGUCUUCCCAUGGCUGGAAGGGCUAGUCUUUUUGGGGUCGUUUACAAGAGUACUAAUUCCAUUCAUGAGGGCAUGACCCCAGGACCUAAGAACCUCCCAAACAGUAUUGUACAUGGGAGCUGUAGGGAGCCAUCCAGACCACAGGAGGGGCCAUCAGAGCAGGCACAAGGCUUUGGGCUCCGGAGUUCUGCUGGGGGUGUGAGACAUGUGGACUUCGGCAGCCCUGUGGCUUCUGCCCACUGGAUGCUAACAACAAGCCUCCCACCUCAGCUGUGGGGAUGCCCGGAAUGUAAGACGUCAUCGGAAUUGGUUCUGCUUAAGGAGCUGAUUUGAACAAACCGAGUUUCCCGUAUUCCACUUCUGGACCUGACCCACAAAUGAUAGAGAUCAUUCACAGAGACCAUUUGAGUAUUCUCACUAGUUGUGUUUUUUCUCUAUGCAAAAUAAAACCUGACAGUUGCAAUUCACUGUGGCUCAUAUUUCAAUAAGUCAAAAGGAAGAGUUCUAUGAAAUUUAUUGGCCUAAAAAUAUCCUAACAGUAAUGGUGAUCUAAGAGAUGAACAAUUUAUACAAACGAAGAUAGCUAACAAGCAAUUUACAUCAAACCAGAUUUUAUUACCAUUUCCUCACUAAGAAACAUAGGUGGGUGGUGGUGGCACAUGCCUUUGAUCCCAACACUCAGAAACGUUUAUUUGGACUCGUGGUUUCAGUGCAGACACUGGUCACUCAGCCUGUUGCUUUGGGGCUUGUAAUGAGACUACAUCAUGGCAGGGAGCGUAUGAUUCAUCAGUGACAUUCCCCUAAAGGCAGCCUGGAAGCAAAGAGAAUGGGGAAGAAGCUGGACUUCAUGCUUUCUGUGAAGGACACAGUCCCAAGGACGGGGCUCCUCCCCUCCCUAAAGGUUCCACCUCCUCCCUGCAGCUCCAACAGGCUGGUGACCAGGCCUUCAGUACACUGGCCGUUGGCACUUAUUCAAAGUGGCAUUCUGUCCCUGGCCCCAAAGGCUUAUUCCAUUUCAUAAUGUUUCUCCAAGAGUUUCCAAAGUCUUAACUGCUUCAAAAUUAUUCACCAGUCUGUGUCAAAAGUUUUCUUUGAGACUCGUGGCAGAUCCAGCUGAGAAGCUACAAAAAGUAAAAAGAUUACUUAUGUUCAGAAUACAACAACACGAGGUAAACAUUCCUGAUCCAAAAGGAGGCAUAGAUAUGUAUGAUGAUCUUUUAUUUGUACUGAAAUGUGAUUUUAUCUGUAUGUUAAUAAAGUUGCCUGGGGAUCAGAGUUAAG